AUGUUUGCAUUGCAACUUACUGCUGAAAGUCUAUGUGAAUAUUUGACCAACUAUUCACAUCAAAUUAAUCAAACUGACAAAUUGAAUAUCGCAAAAGAUGUAGCCAGUGGAUUAGAAUUUUUACAUACAAAUAACAUAGUCCAUGGAGAUUUA